CUUCCUUUCGUCUUCGUUUCUUUCCUUCCAAUUUUAUAGAACACACUCAACCUUAUACCCAUUUCUUUCUGCUUUCCUCUCUUGUUUCAUAUUUCGGAAGCUCAAUUUUUGGUUUUCUUAUACAUUUGAGAGGAAUCCAUGUCGUGUGUGACAGCACGUACUGGGAGACAACGACAACGUUACGAAGACAACAUGCGCCUUGUCUCCGGAUGUAUUCCCUAUAGAUGGAAAAAGGGAAAAGUGGAUAAAAAAGAAGAUACUGAGGAGAUGAUAGAAGUACUUAUGGUUUCUUCACCAAAACGUGAUGACCUUGUGUUUCCGAAGGGAGGAUGGGAGGAUGAUGAAACUGUUACAGAAGCUGCUUGCCGUGAAGCCCUAGAGGAAGCAGGAGUUAAAGGGAUUGUAAGAGAAAUUCCCUUGGGAAGAUGGGAGUUCAGAAGCAAAAGCAGCAAAGAUUCAUCCAGCCAAGAAGGAUGGUGCAGAGGGUACAUGUUUUCCUUAGAGGUCACUGAAGAACUUGAGGCUUGGCCAGAGCAAAAGGACCAUAAUCGCCAAUGGGUGAACAUAAAAGAAGCAUUCAGACUGAGCCGAUAUGACUGGAUGUGCAAGGCAUUGGAAGUGUUUAUAAGUGUUAUGGCAGAAGACAUAAAGCUAAGGAAUGAGGAAAACAAUGUUGAUUCCUCUUCAAUAUCAGUGCUUGAUGUGUCAGAAAGUCAAUAUGUGUCAUCCAAAUGCUAUAAAAGAACCACUUCCAAACAACAUCAAAGUAUAUCAUCAAGAACCAAUAUCCUGUCCCAUGCUUCCCAGGAGAUAGCUAUUCACUUAGGUUAUUGACACUCUACGUUUGUGCAAUGUGAUGCAGUUCCCAUUUGAAAAGAAAAGUACUUAUAAUCACACUGUUACGGUGUGUUUGGUUGAACAUUUGAAAACUUCGUUUAGGAUAGUUUCAAUUUUGGAAAAGUGAUUUUGGCGUAAGAUCUUAAGAGAUCUGAUUUAUGUUAAAGAGGUUUGGAAUAAAAGUUGGCGUGUUUAUUGUUAA